AUGCCCAGCAGGUGUCUGCCGGGUGACAGCGGACCCUCAUUCGACUCUCUGCAGGAAGUGUUUGACAGGAAACCCUUCAGACCAGCCGUUAACCUGAGCAACCCCACCAUCACCAACAUCUCCUUCACUCUCUACGCCGUGCUGGGGGUGAACGAGAAGACACAGAUCCUCAACACGUUCCUCUGGCUGCGGCUGUACUGGUUCCACGAGUUUCUGAUCUGGGAUCCUGACGUCUGUGACGGAAUCACUAGAAUCUCCCUCCCCGUCAACAACGUGUGGAUGCCGGACAUUAUCGUUUAUGAGUUUGUUGAUGAUGACGUGUCCCAGGCGUGUCCGUAUGUUUAUGUUAAUCAUACGGGUCAUAUCCGUUAUGACCGGAUGUUGCGGCUGGUCAGUGCAUGUAACCUGGAGAUCUUCAGCUUCCCGUUCGACAUCCAGAACUGUACCUUCACCUUCGGCUCCUACAUGCACACCAUAAAGCACGUGCGGGUGAAGACGGCGCUGCCCUUUGAUCAGAUAUCUGGGAACUCUAAGCGGUACCUGGAGGCAAGCGGAGAGUGGGAGCUGGUGGAGAUUUUGGGAGAAGAAGGAAUUCUUAAGUUUGGAGUAGAUGAGUGGGACAUCAUCACGUUUUGGGUGGUAAUAAAGAGGCGUCCGAUUUUGUACGUGGUGAACCUCCUCAUUCCGAGCUCGUUCCUCAUGAUCAUUGACAUCCUGUCCUUCUACCUGCCGCCGCACAGCGUGGACCGUGCCUCCUUCAAAAUGACCCUCAUCCUGGGCUACACCGUGUUUCUGCUCAUCAUGAACGACCUGCUGCCCAGCACGGCCAACGGAACACCGAUCAUAGGUAUUUAUUUCUCAGUGUGUUUGGCUCUGAUGGUGAUCAGCCUGCUGGAGACGGUCAUCAUCACCAACGUUCUUCACCACAACUCCAUGAAGUACCGAGACGUUCCACGCUGGGUGCAGGUGGUAGUUCUGCGGUACAUCGGUAGCCUCAUCUGCUACAGACGGCCUGAAGAACUGCCCAAAACAGAACUGACCAAAAAGGACAGCGGCGACCCCUGGACCAUCCACACCUCGCACACAGCGUCCAGCUUGAGCACAAACAGCAGUGGUGUGGCGGUGCCGGAGCUGGUGGAGAUCUGUGCGGAUCUGCGGGCGAUGAGGUCACACCUGAACGUCCUGCAGCGCGAGGAGAAGCUCCAGGAUCAGUGGUGUCAUGUGGGCUACAUCCUCGACUUCCUGCUGUUCAGAAUCUACCUGGUCAUCAUCACCUGCUACGCCCUCGUCAUCAUCAGCAUGUGGUGCAUCUGGAUGUAUCAUUGAUUUACACUCAGCUGUUCCUGCAGAUUCUCAACAGAUCCACGUUCUCUAAACCGCAGUUUAGUGUUUAUAUCACUGUAGAUUUUUACUACCAAGACAUUUUGAACACUUUUUCUGCCCAUAAACGUCUGUAAAUUUUAAAAGAAAAAUAAUUUUCACAAGUUUUAAUUACACACUGCAAGACAAAUGAACAGGCUGAACAGUCUUUAAUUGUAAAUUUAUAUUGUAUAACAAUGAAUAUUAUUAGAAUCAUUUACAUCUUAGGAGUGCAUGUCAGUCUCAUCGAGAGCCUCUGCAGAAAAAAGGCAUUUCAGGCAAAAUAGACUAAUUUUAGAGAUUAUCAGUGAAGAGAAAUCAGACUGUUUAACAGUUCACACGCAUCUCAGCGCUCACUUUAACUUCAGCUUCAUCUUUUUAACUUGAACUCCGUUAUGAAAUGACUCUUGCAGAAGCAAACAGCAGGUCAUGUUAAAUAAACUUUCAUACCAGGAAAAAAGUCUGUUUCAUUUACACCUCGCUAAG